GGGUUUGACGUUUUGUUGAUCACCCACCCACCCGGCACCCGUGCAACAAUCAAAAAUCGAAAACAAAAAACAGGAGCUUCUUUUUGGUAUCAUUCAUAUGGCUCACCGGGCUCACCAACACGCGAAACGAAUCUUCUUUUACCGCCAAAACGAAAUCAGUACUCGUUCAAACCACGGAAUUUCACGUUAUAAAGCGAAUAUCUUCCGAAGUUUGUUCUCUACAAUGUCCGUAAUGCAAAAAAGAGGUGCCCUGAUAGUGUUAGAAGGUUGUGACCGUGCCGGCAAGACAACACAAUGCAAAAGGAUAGUGGAAUCCCUCACACGAUCGGGUUACAAAGUCAAAUUUAUGAACUUCCCGGAUAGAACGACACAGUGUGGAGCAUUGAUCAAUUCCUAUUUGACCAAUAAAGACAAUUUUACCGACGAAGGAAUUCAUCUGCUCUUUACGCUCAACCGAUGGGAAGCAAAGCUCGAGAUGGAACAGUUGUUGCAGAGUGGGGUUUCGUUGGUUGUCGAUCGCUACUCGUAUUCCGGGGUGGCAUUUAGUGCGGCCAAGGGUUUAAACAUGGACUGGUGCAAGGGGCCGGAAGCCGGUCUUAUCAAACCGGAUCUCGUUUUGCUGCUCACGUUGACGGCGGAGGCCAUGGCCAAACGUGGCGGUUUCGGUAAUGAACGAUACGAAGUGCCCACACUACAGAAAAAGGUUAUGGAGAAGUUCCACACAUUGAAGGACGAUAGUUAUUGGAGAGUGAUCGAUGCUGACAAAAAGGAAGACACUUUGACCACGGAGCUUUGCGAAAUGGUCAUGGAAUCGAUUGCGUUGUGUGGUACCAAACCGCUAAGGACACUUUGGUGAUUUAGAAUAAUUGGGUCAGCCUUGAUGUAUAAAGCAAUGGAUUUUUAUCACCGCAAAUUAAGUGGUAUUGAACUUGGUCGAGUAAUUUUGUGUAUCAUACCAAAUAAACAGUUGUUUUAUAUUUUGGCUUUCCUGUAAGAUGUAUGAGGCAUUUAAAUUUGUUAGAUAAAAGUAGAAAUAAGAUUCUAUAAUCAUAGUUGCUCAACCUCUUUCAAACGACAAAGUUCAAAAGAAUUUAGACUUUCUUUAUUUUCGUUACUUAAUUCAAUAUAAAUACAGUAAUACCCCGAUUUUAUCACCCCCUGGUGAGUUUUGGGGUGAUAAAAUAGGAAAUGUGACAAAUUCAGAAA